GAGGAGGAGGAAGGUGGCCAGGAUGAAUGUGAGAGUGGCGGCACGCGUGUGGCAUGCGGCGGCCGGCCAGGCCAGUGUGGCUGUGUGCGGGUUGGCAGGUGGACACGGGCAGUGCGCACACUGCCGCGCCGCGCCGCGCCUCGCCACACAUGCAGCUGUUGGGGCAGGAGCCUGGCGGGGCUCGUGGCGGGGCCGCCCACACUGGUGCUCGUGGGCCUCGACUCGUCGGGCAAGACCACGGCGCUGCUGCGGCUCAAGUACGGCCACUACGUGAACACCGUGCCCACCGUCGGCUUCAACUGCGAAUGUUUGCGAUGCGGCGGUUGCUCCUGGGUGGCAUGGGACGUGGGCGGCGAUGAUCGCGUGCGAACCCUUUGGCGCGCCUACACGCGCGGCGCCGACGCGGUGCUGUUCGUGGUGGAUGCCAGCAGCGGCGAGGAGCGGCUGGAGGAGGCGCGCCACGAGUUGCACGUCCUGGUGCGCCGGCAAGCGGCACAGAGCGCCGCGCUGCGCCGCUCACGGCCGCCGCUGCUGGUGCUGGCCAACAAACAGGAUCUGCCGGGGGCCAGAACGCCCGCCGCCAUGGCUGACGCCCUCGGCCUGCACGACCUGCCGCCCGCCCAGCCCUGGGGCCUUGCACCCGCCUGUGCCGUCACCGGCGAGGGUCUGCCCGAGGCCAUGGACCUCCUGCGCCGCCUCCUCCUCAAGGCACGCCGGGCCUCGCUCACGGGGCUGACUUGCGGGUCACCCUAUGCUCCUGCCGCCCCCACCUCCUUCAGUUUAUCCCUGCCCAGCCCCGCACCAAACCCCUGGACCCCCGAGGCGUGA